AUGGAUGAAUACCCCAUCCUUCUGAAAUGGAGAAUGGCUAUAAAUGCUGUGUUUUGUGCCGCAUCCUUUCUACUGGGCCUCAUAUUCACCACUGAGGGCGGAAUGUACGUUUUCACACUGGUUGACUGGUACUUCGCCGCGAUAUUCUUCUUUUUUUGUGGUUUUCUGGAGUGCGUAGUUCUUGGAUGGUUUUAUGGAGUCAACCGUGUCAGUGCAGACAUUGAACUGAUGACAGGAAAACCAGCUCCAAUGUUCUUCAGAAUCGCAUGGCGCUACAUUACGCCCACAAUUCUUCUGACAAUAUCCAUCGUCACCCUGGCCCAGUACCAGUCUCCAACAUACAACGGUUAUGUUUAUCCUGACUACGCUGCCACUAUUGGCUGGUGCCUAGCAACCAUUCCAUGCAUCCCAUUGGUAGUAAUGAUGUUUUCAGCCAUUAUCAGAGAGGAGGGUAGUUUUUUGCAGAGACUGAGGAAAUCCUUGCAACCUGACAGCUCCUGGGGUCCAUGCAGCCAAAACGUCAUUCCUGAAAUGAUAUAGCUAUUGUAAUGAUGACCCAACUUUAAUUUGAUAUAAUGCAACUAUUAUAAAGGCAACUAUUGAACUGCAUGGCAAGUAUUUAUAAAACGAC